AUGGAGGAUGGAUUUCAAGAUGACCAGAAUUUUUAUUCUAGGUCUUUUCCCCAGUCAGAAGCUCAGUCCCCAGCGCAAUCCCAAUCUCAAUCCCAGUACUCGUCGGAUUUGACUUCACAACACCGGCAGAUACCUUCUCCUACCACUUGCGAAUCUCCUCACUUUUCCCAGAGAUUUGACUUCGAUCCGGCCCCCCCUCACCCUCCUAAACUCCCUCUUCUUACGACCUCGAAUCUACAAUUACAAACUACCAACACGAAUGGUUACAUGAAUACUUCCGAUGAUGGUGGUGAACCAGAUGACUUCUACCGAGAUUAUCAACCUCCCCAACAGACAAACAGCCCGCCAGAUCAGUUGUUAGAUAUGGCUACAACAACAACAGAUGUUAGGCCAGCUUCUUCCACAAUGCGAUCAAGUAAUACCAGCAGUUCACCAAAACAAACUCCUUCUACUUCGAGAACUACAACGCGACCACCCUUCGGCUCGAAUCUAUCGUAUGCUGAAAGCAAUCAAAAGCAAUCAGCCAAAUCACUAGUCAAUGGAUAUGGAAAAGCAUCACAAAAACCAAGCGUGAAGGAUCUCUUGAAGCGCUUUGAUCAGAACAAUGAUCAGUCCCUUCCCAUGCCGCGGAAACCAGUGGUACGAACAAAAGAUAGUGCUGGGAUCAGUUCCGGAUAUAUGAGAGAUCGAUCGAAUCCAUACACUGCCCGCGUGGCUAGUAACCCAGGACCUAUAACUACGAGUGCGUCAUUAAGGACAAGUAAUACUACGAGGGAGCCGGGAUCAACCAGAGUUAAAUCGCCUCCAUCCAGUACAAGAGCAAUGCAACGACCAAGAUUUGCGACGGAGGACCAACAUUCAAGUAAUGCUUCCUUGGGUUCCGCCCGCAGCAUGCGUACGAGGAAUACACCAAGUACCAAAGCCAGUUCAACUUCGAAGUCAAUGAACAAUCUUUCGCCAUCAUCUCAAUCUCAACCACCACCUGCGGUGCCGGAGAAGCGUCCUCUAUUUGGAGAAAUUUCAAAUUUAGGUCAAGGUACAUUUGAAGCUGGUUACGGUAUUCCAACGACUACAAGAAGGACAUCUGAAUCAGGGCUACCUUCGGCCAUCUUUACUGAGCAACGUAGUCGCACGGAUGCCGACAUUUCUCCAACUUCGCCAACAGCCUGGUAUUUGGGAGUAACGCCGUCGCUCGGUGACGUAGAACCAAAUAAGCCGCGAAGAUCAGGUCACAAUCGUGCCCAUAGUGACUUUGCAGACACCAAGGUAAAUACUAUGCAUAAUGUCAACCGCUCUUCUUUUCUAUUACCAGAAUCCCCAGUCAAUGCCAAGGAUUCAGGUCCAAACACUGCGCCGGAUUCUUCUCAUGUAGAAGCUGAGGGUGGAUCCGAUCUUCAGUCAGCAAAGCUGUCAUCUCGACUCCCUAUUGCACUCAAACGCUCGAGUACUCAGUCAGAUAGAUCAAGUUCCCCAUCAACGCGUGCUAGUUCUCCUCUGACUGGCAAACGCCCGCUCCAUGGAAAGCUUCCUCGAGAACAUCGACCAUGGAGUCCUGCGGGACGCUCGAUGACAUCAGCAACUCGUUCUGUACCUCCUAACAGCCGUGCCAAGACACGUAGCCCAGACAAAGUCUCUAGCAGUGGUAGCUUGAAAGCUUAUAUUUCCGCACCGCCCGCAAAAAACUCCCCGCCUCUACGAAGUUCACGUCCUCGGCAACCUGUUUCUGCAGCAACAACCGCUAGUUCAAGACAAAAGGCAGUGGAUGGAUCGGCAUCGCCACAUGACACAAGAGCUGGGAUUAAAGUGACUAAAGCCGGUGGAACUUCUGAGACGAAAGGACGUAAGACAAUAACGACAGAACCAGUUAACUAUGCAGCACGGCGGGCACAAAUUACACGUGCAUACACUAAGUCAAUCCAUGAAUCUGAACUGCAGAAGAUUCGAGCAUCUCACGCACACCAUGCCAACGAACAUAGUCCUCAAGCCACAAACGAUACCAGAUAUGCCAUCACUAGGGCCCGAAUCAUUACAGAUCUUGACAAGCUUCGAUCCACAAAUUUCCCGCCACCUGUUGAGCAUCAGAUUGUAAUGGAUCAAGAUUCGCCAACUUUGGGUGUCACUAACGGCAUGCCCGGAGCAUUUAUUGAAGAGGAUGUACCAAUGUCCGCAAUUUCAAAUAUCUCUGCCACGACUUUUAUUGAAAAUGAAGCGCAGACAGAAGGUGCCCGUCUUGCUCGUAUCCCGUCUAUAAAGCUUGCGGAUUCAGUUGCAGUGCCUGCUCAAGUACUUAAAGUAGAUGAUGUGACUCCUGAGGAUCGAGCAAAGAUCACAGCGGACUCUUUAGGAAUUUCUAUCAAGGCCACUUCAAUAGGAUAUACUCCGAAGGAGGAUUUCAGUGAAGCAUUACCAGAGUCCAUUGAUCAUGAUUUGACAUCAGAAGCCUCUGAAAGUCCAUCAAAUGCCAUCACCUAUGAUGAGCAAGCCAAAGUCACUGUUACAGAACUCCCAAGCGCGAGGACCUUGGUAUCAGAAAUUUUCAAUUCGGACUCCAUGCAUCACAUGGAUUUCGAAGUAGCUGCUCUUGCGAGUAUCAACCAUGGUGAUGUUCAGCCCACCGGUUUGGGUUUAUACGAUGAGAAUUCUCAGCAGCUGGUAGAUAUUCCCAUCAGAAUCGAAGAAGACACGGACAGAUCCCAGUUACACCUAGAAUCAGAUACAAUUUCCGUGGAAGGCCCCAGACUAGAAUUACCAGGUUUGCGUACCGCCCUUGCCGAGUCCCUAUCGCCACUAGAGAACGAUAGACAACCGGAUUUGUACACUCCCACAGAUAUCGAGUAUGAAAGUUCUGAUGAUAUUGGCGCGGGAAACACCGGGAAUACGAGUGAACAAGAAGACUUGUACGGACCAUCUUAUGACCAGAAUCGUGAGUUAUAUCUAACAUCUGACGCCUACCACCGUGAAAACCGACAUUCUGCUUGGACCGAUUUCUCAGUUGCCACAGCAGAUGAUCCAGCCCCCCAAGACGAGAAUCAGAGGUGGAUAAACACGAAGAUCUCGCUUCCUGAACUACAGAAAGCUCCUACACCGCCCCCCAAAUUGCCUCCUUCUCCCGGGCCACUUAGGCCGAUCGAGGACACAAGUUCCAUGAAUUCUUCCAGGCUCGAACUACCUCCAUUGACAUCCCACAACGGAUUCGGCCUUGGAUUCGACCCGGACACCAUCUAUAGCGUUCCAACUGUCCCAGUAUGGUCUAACCUCACUCCUCCACUAAUUUCAGAGCAUACUUCUCGGAAAGAUGCAAUUGCUAAAUUAGGUCCUCCUACUCGUACACCCCCUCCUCCUGCUAUGCAAGACAGUCGUCCACAAUCGGGAACCGAUCAAAUCAGCCAAAACACUACUAGCCAACAUACUGAAUCCAGACGCCCAAGCGAUGACUUGGUUUCGCCGCGGCCUUCACUUUCUACACCUUCCAUUUCCACUCCUAGAUCAAGCAUGCAAAUAUCUCAGGAAGAUGUAUCUUUAAGCAAUGGCUACCCCGCCCCUAAAGCUCCCCUGCUACCUCUCACAGAGGAAGAGCAAGCAAUUGCCAAGAAAAAAAGCGCACGCCUAUUUACUCGGAGAAAGAUUAUCGAGGAAAUAAUUGAUACAGAGUCCGCUUAUCUGAAAGACAUGAAUGUAGUUGAGGAAAUCUACAAAGGUACAGCAGAAGCAUGCCCAAAAUUGGACUUUGGCGAUAUCAAAACCAUAUUCAGAAAUACAGAUGAGAUUAUAGCUUUCUCAACAACUCUGCUGGAUGACCUGAAGAAAGCUGGGGCAGCUGUCUACACUUCAAAGGCUCGCGCCAGACAAAGUAAAGCUACAUCCACAACGACUACUGCGGCAAAUACCCCUGCAUCGCUGGGUCCAAACGACAGUAGCUCAGAUCCUCCAGAAUCCAAUGAUUUCAAUGAAGAAAGGGACAGAAAGACCUAUAUUGGUUAUACAUUUGGCAAACAUCUCAGGAGAAUGCAAGAGGUCUACACAGAAUUUUUGAAAAACAGCGAAUUGGCAGCAGACCGCUUGAGGAUAUUGUCAGCGGACUCUACGGUUAAUGUAUGGCUUAUUGAAUGCAACAAUGUCGCAAAGGAUUUAACGGCUGCUUGGGAUCUCGACGCUCUGAUGGUCAAACCAGUCCAACGGGUCACUCGAUACCAGCUAUUAAUCGACAAUCUCGUGAGACAUACAGCUGAAGAUCACCCAGAUUUCAAUGCUCUUUCGAUUGCAGCUCGAGAAACAUUGAAUUUAUUGCAGACUAUUGACAAGCUUAAGGAACGUAUCUCAGUCGUCGGGAAGAUUGUCGGUCGAAAACGCAAGGAAUCAGAAGUCCGCCUUGGAAUCGCCAAGGCAUUUGGACGACGAUCAGAGAAGCUGACUUCUAACGUGGUUCGGCCCCAUGACGAUGAAGUGUUUGUCAAGUUGCAUGAAAAGUUUGGUCAUGAUUACCUACGACUGCAAGUAGUAAUGCGUGAUGUUGAAUACUACACUCGACAGGUCGCUACUUGGGUCAACGAUUUUCUUAGAUUUCUUUCUGCCAUGGAAAUAAUCAUGCGACACAGCCCUUCUUCACACCCAGAAAUGGAAGCUCGAUGGACUCAGUUUAACCUUUCCAUGAGAGAUAUGGGGAGUGUUGCUUUGGAAAGCCAUGUGGGACAAAUCCGAAAGGAAGUCAUUGAGCCAAUCGAAGCUGUGAUUCGGUUAUAUUCUGGGCCUACUGAAUUCAUGAAGAAACGUGCGAAAAGGCGCGUAGAUUAUGAAAAGCUGAUGGCUGUCAAAGCCAAUGGCAAGAAGCCUGACGAAAAGCUUCAAUUGCUAGCCAAAGAAUACGAUGCUCUGAAUGAAACGUUGAAGACGGAUAUGCCCCGGCUCUCAGUAUUAACGGCGCAGGUAGGACAAACAAUUCUCGCCAAACUUAUCUUCAGUCAAACAGCUUGGUACUACAUCUGGCAAGAGAAGGUCAAGACUGUGUUGGAUGCUAACCAAAUACCAAUGAACGAGAAUGACAUAUUACAAUCAUUUGAGCGGGAUUACAAGUAUGUGCUCGCACAAACCCAAGAGCUUCGCCUCAUCAAUGGUGCACUCGAGGUGGAUUGCUUUUUGGACAAACUAGACUCGACCCCCGUUACCAGCAUCAAAGAUAACGAAUCGAUAAAAACAAAAGGUCGACUAUCUGAUUCGUCCGCUCGUCCACGACUUCUGUCCUUGGCAGCUCCACAUGAUACAUCUCCAUGUCUACCGACUCCAGAUUUUGCAAAGCGACAUAGUGGACAAUUUUCAUUCUCGCCAAUUAUGGCAAAUGGCCCUGGCUUUCCGGCGCAUGCUCCAUAUCAACCAGCAGCUUACUCUGUAGGACAUUCUCGUGCUGGCUCGGGCUCUCCUGCGACGCCAGAUGCGAAUGCCCCUCGUCUUUAUGGUUCUACCAGACCAUCAACAUCACGUAGCAUUACUUCGGAUAAUGGUGGCGUAGCAAGGAUUAGCACAGACCUGGGACAUCGUAGGGAAUCAAGUUCCACUCAAGCAUCUGCAUCAUACAUGGUAGAUGGUCCUCUUCGCGAUCAACGACCGUUCUCAGGCAUUUUCCAUUCGGCGAUGCCUUUACCCGAUGACCCUGAGGAUAGCGUUCGAUCCUCGAGAGCCUCCUCAGUGGAUCGUGCCCAUGGAAGUCGGUACAAUGUCAUCUACCUGGCAGCAAGCUUAUUUGAAUUUAAUAUUGCAGCAACUAAGACUGAAGCUGGUUACCCUUAUCUAACCUACUCACCCGGUGAAAUCUUUGAUGUCAUUGGUGAGAAGGGCGAGCUCUGGUUGGCUAAAAAUCAAGAUGAUGGCUCUGAUCAAGUUGGCUGGAUCUGGAGUAAGCACUUUGCUCGUCUCGCCAUGGAUUGAUGAGCCAACAUCUGCCCCUUUCAACGUGUACUAUUCCCUUUCUUUUUGGUUCUUCUAGCAACAACGCAUCCUUGAUUUGGCGUUGAAGCACUUAUCUGUACUCGUUUUCCGAAAUAAUUUUCGACAGAAAAGCAACAAUUUACGAGGGCUAUCGGCGUAAAGAGGGCGGUGUCUUAAAUUCAAGCUUCAUGAUAGGACAUGAUCCUAUUGGAUCAUUUUAUUUGUUUUGCCUGACUACAGCUAGUUUCUGGCAUACACAAUUCGGGUCUGGAUGGAAAGGAGGGGCGUUCUUGAUUUAGGGAUGGGCGUUCAGAUAAGCCUGAGUUAUUCAUUCAUUUGACUUUUUCUUUUCUUUUUCUUUUCUUUUUUUGAUCUCUAAAGUCGAUGAGAUUGUUUUUAGAGUGUCUAUUAUGGAGCGAUUCGUUAUGAGGGAUGGAAUGGAACCACACA